AUAGACUAUCAAAUCAGUCGAUGCGCGAUGUAUUAUUUUUUCCCUGUUAUUUUACAAGAUUUCGUGUCGCGUUUGGUACACAAUGUCGCUUAUGUAAUAAAUUUGUCCCGUGAUUUUGCGCAUUGUACACAUAACGAGCCAUCCGCGUCGAUAUGCUUCGAUGUAUUCAAAUGAAACUGUAUUCGCCGGACGAGUUACGCGAACUAACAUCUUUCCAUCGAUCCUAUUUUUUGUUCUCCGAUUUACGAAACAUGUUCGAAGCGAUCUCGAGUACUCCCGAACCUGCUGACCCGUUCGAACUCGAAGAACUGGCGAGAUGGAAAGCGAAUCGUAGGAGGUUCGAAGAUUCUUCUUGGACGAACCCGAACCUUCUUCCUCAAGAUCGUGAACCGUACUGAUAGGAACCGUUUGUAGACGAUCGGCAUCGUGGUAAAUACGCUUGCUCACGCGCUCCGAUUUGGUCACUCGCGGGAUUUAUCGAUAUCGUUCGCCUCCGUGGCCGGAAAGAGGGACAUAUCUUGUAAGUACGUAUACAAGUAUGCGGUCUCCGUUGUCGUUGUACGAGUGAAUUGGCGUGCAAAUCUGUCAUUGUAUGGGUGUAUGUACGUAUGUGCGCGUGCGAGAGCGUGCGAACGCGUUACCGAUACAUUGAACGCGGUCUCAGAAGAUAUCGCUAAGUGGUUGCCGAUAUAAGGAACGGAAGAUCAGUCUAAAACCACCUGUCUUCGAAGGUGGAGGUUCUCUCUCGGUUAAUCUGAUCCGUGUGAUCGGAACGGAUUUCAUCGAGGUCCUGGAAAUCGGCUGGGAAUCAACGCCUCCAACGAUCCACGGGCCGCUAUGGAGAGAUUCAAGAGGAAACGGAAGAGGACCGACAGUCAAAAGAAAGUAUUGCUCUCCAUCGUCGAUCCCUGGGACGUCAGAGUAGCCAGUGUCGAUCCGAUCGGCUUGGCCGAGAGACGAGGCGUUUCUUUGUCGAUCUUACCAUCGCAAUCGAACGGAAACACGGUAAAGGAAACUCUGUAUCCAGGUAGAAUCGUCAGGAUACCGUCGCCUUGGUACAAACCGACCUACAGCAACGCGUUGGAUUCAUCGUCCAUCGUUGGAACCGUUAAAUCGAGCUCCUCCGAGGCUACCUGGCUGGAUCCUUGGCAAAGUGCCAACAGGUCAGCGAUCGAGAUACGAUCCAGUUCACCGGAAGUAGAAGAAAAGUUGAGAAGAAAGGCAAAUCGAAGGGAAGAGAAGAAUUCGAGAAGAAACUGUGCCCUCCGGAACGAGCAGACUAUUCCGGAUGGCAAUGGAUUAAUCGCCGCGACACCGGAAGUCGCGCGUAAUAAUUUCGAUCACGAGCACACUGCUGGCACAGCUAGAGUGCGUUUCGAGAACGAAGAUCGGCCAAGGAGUUCCACUUGGGCAUCAACGUACGACGAAACAGAUCACGCGAGGGAAAAGAAUCAUUUGUACCCGACGAAAACGAUCCAAAUACCAAGCGCGAAUUACUUUGAAAACGGUAAGACGAGGAUCGACGACGAGGAAGAUAUCGAGAAGAAAAGGUACAGGAUAACCGAAGACCCGGAUACUCUUAACCGUGGAGGAUCCUUCGAGGAGAAGGAAUUGGUGAACGUCGUGCAAAACUUGGUGACGUCAAGAUACAGCCCCGUUCUCAGCUGCGCCCAAAGGAGAUUAAGCAGAAGACCGCUAUGCCCUCGAUGCAAAUAUCGCGAAGAAACGAUCACAGUAGACCCCUCGAACGUGGCGGAACGUAAUGGAAGCGUACCUGUUCCGGAGACAAAGAAAAUUAAGGAAAUCAAGAACGGAACGAAGGAAACGAGCCUCUGUGGAUCGCAGUUACGAAGAACGAGUAUCUCGAUGCCUACGAAUCUCGACGAAAUGGAAGCACUUCGAAUCGACAGACCAAAGGAAACCGUGUCAAAGUUCAGGAGAUCGGACAGCGACGACAGCAGCAGCGUAACGUUCAGCAACAGCGGUUCGACGCCCAAUGGAAGUCCGCUCGGCUCCGAAACCGAGGAAGAAGCGAACGACGAAGAGUUGGCCAAAGUACCGUUGCAAGCUCCACCUCGAAGAAAAAGCAGAGCCAUUUCACCGAUGAUCAAUCAAAAGCUUGGGAACGAUCCGAUGGAGCUGACCGGUGGCCAGAGCGCAAAUUCCACGAUAACCAGCGUUAAUAGCAUCAGCAGCCUGCUGAAGGAGAAGCUCCAGCUGUCCAUACCUCAAGCUUUGCGAAGCAGCAAAAAGAGGCAAAACGCUGACUAUCGGCUUCGAGCUUUCGUUGGAAUACUCUUUCUCUGCGUCGUUUUCCUCGUGGGCUUUGCACAUAUUUAUUACACGCAACACGUUCUUCAACGAGCUUAUUUCGACAAGUUCAGAUUCAACAAAAACGUCAGGGUGAUGCACGUGUACAGCAACACCGGGGCGGAAGUGAUCGCAGCGCGAUUAGGCGAAGGAAUACCAGCCGACACCGGUGUUUUUCCCUGUUUACCUCAUCACCAGAUGCAGGACUCGGUUUGCCUGGAAUGGCUUCAACAAGCUCGUUUGUACCUAGCUCAUACGCAACACUCGGACAUGAAUUGUUAUCACGUCACUUGGAAGAGCCUGAAUUCUUACCAUAAUCCGAAAGAUUGCUUCGAUUGGUCACCGAAGAGAGGACACUGGUACGGCGCGGGUCAAAUACAGAACAUGCCUUAUCCACUGGAACGUGGCCGGCUCGAUUUGAGCCCUUUUAUCACCGGUGACAUCACCAAGCAUCCUUUUGGCAACGUUUUGAAGAGAUACUUCUUGAAUUCGAAAGGGGCGACGAUACUCGUCGACCCGGAAACGCCUCUUUACGUGUCCAUCAACGCCAACAGAAGCAACGACUUUUGUUUGCAGGCCAAACACGACGCGUUCGCCUACAUCAAUCACUUGACGCAAUUGCCACAGUUGAAUUAUACUAUUUGUGCGACGGACAACAUGAAAAACUUGCACUCCUCCAUGGCAGAGAAGUCGUUGUGGGACGGAUUGAAGCCGGACGAGCUUCACGCCGUUCACUCGUUACUCUCCGAACCGGUCUGGCAAAUUUCACCCAUCAACGAGGGGGCUGUUUAUAAUUAUACCGAGGAUGUGAUAGCGUUGGGCUUCUUGCGACAAGGCCACGUUCUGUUGAGCGAAGAGUGGCAACCGAGUCCCGGUGAUUUCGUGCUGGACGAGGAACGAUUCCCCUCGAUGGAGGAAACGAUCAACAUCAUUCAUCGUCGAGGGUUUAGAAUCGUGUUCACGAUCCAGCCGUUCAUAUCCACGGAGUCUGUGAACUUUAAGGACGCGGUUUCGAACAGGCUGUUGAUUUCUGAGAGAGGAAGCGAUCCCAGGAUCCCUGCAUUGACCAGAUACAAACAGAGCAACAGCGUCGGCGUUCUAGACAUCACCAACAACAAAACUUUGCCUUGGUUUCAGUCGAAAUUGGAGAGCUUGAUCAUGAAGUACCACGUGGAUUCGUUCUACCUUGAUCUGGGUACCGCGCAAGACAUGCCUCACUAUUACAAGUGCGAACAACCGUUGACUAAUCCUGAUCAUUACAAGACGAUAUUCACAAAAGCGAUUCUGGGGUCUGUGCCAGUGAUCGGUGUCUCAGGGGCGAUCUCCAGACCGAGAGCCCCAGUCUUCGUGUCUCUUCCCCCGUUCUCGUCGUCUUGGAAAGCUAUCAAAACCGUUAUUCCAACCGUGUUGACUUACGGAAUGAUAGGCUAUCCAUUUAUUAUGCCAGGUGCCGUUGGCGGAGACGUAGCGUUGCCCAUGUCGGACAACAAUCCCGACAACGAUUUUGAAGUGAGCCUACCGGACAAGGAAUUGUACGUCAGAUGGUUGCAGUUAUCCACCUUCUUACCGGUGAUACGUUUCACUCAUCUACCCAGCAAGUAUUCGGACGAGUCUGUGUUAGAGAUAGCCAAAAGGCUGACAACCCUCAGGCAGAAAACUGUGACACCGUUGUUGAAGAAAUACGCGAAAGAAACGCUGGACACCGGUCUGCCGAUAAUCAGACCACUUUGGAUGCUGGAUCCGGCCGAUCCAGCCUGCCACGUGGUCGUGGAUGAAUUCUCUGUUGGCGAAGAGCUUAUCGUAGCGCCGGUACUCUAUUCUGGGAGCAGACAGAGAGAGGUUUAUCUACCAGCUGGUGUAUGGAGAGACGGGAUCGAUGGGAGUCUGAGGAAAGGAUCUAGAUGGAUCCACAAUUACAGAGUAGCGGAGGACAAGGUCGCUUAUUUCGUGAAAAUGCCGGAUAACACGAGAUUUUAAUCGUCGACCUAAGAAUAUUUUAUACAAAACACUUAUUCGUGAAAACGUAAAUUGAUAGGAGUUACUAUUCCUAUUUUAUAAUAAAUAACUUGAUUUUAAUAAUAGAGACACUGAUGUAGAGAAAUAAAUAUUUCCAUGUGCGAUACACAGGUUUUUUUAAAUAAAACAAUAUCGCGUCCAUCAAACUGCAAAUAUUCCAACGCUCCGAGAGUUAGUAUUUAUUCGUUUGUAUUAGAAAAAUAUAUAUUUAUUUUAUUCUA